AUGCAAGCAGGCUCAGGCCCCAGCAUCCUUACGGAAAAUGACUGUCCGGAAGCCCUGGCUUACGCAUGGCCCAUGUGGAAAAAAUGGGUGACACUUACCAUCAUUUUUCUCGUCCAAAUCUCUAUGAACUUGAACGCUUCCUUAUAUGCGAACGGCCAGAGUGGUAUUGUCAAGGACUUCGGUGUUAGUAACCAAGCCGCAGUUAGCGGUGCUGCCGUGUUUCUUGUCCUAUAUGCGUUUGGAUGUGAGCUAUGGGCACCUUGGUCUGAAGAAUUCGGAAGAAAACCCGUUCUUCAGUACUCACUUCUCAUGGUCAAUUUGUGUUGUAUCCCUGUUGGUCUCGCCAAUAUCCAUCGGUCAUUCGCUGGUAUUCUUGUCGGACGUGCGCUUGGAGGCCUUUUCUCCGCCGGCGGCAGUGUUACGCUGGGAGUUGUUGCGGACAUGUUUAUCGCCGAUGAGCAAGAACUCCCGCUGGCAUAUAUUGUCCUCUCUUCCGUAGGUGGCUCUAUCAUCGGACCCAUCAUCGGCGGAUUUAUCGAACAAAAUCUCCACUGGACGUGGACGAUCUGGAUUCAACUCAUCUUCGGGCUCUUUGUCCAGAUACUACAUUUAGUAUUCGUUCCAGAAACUCGUUCCGCCAUUCUAGUCAAUAGGUAUGCGAAGAAGAUGAGGGAGGCUAAAUUCGAAGCGACCGGUGAAAACAGUAACGUCUACGGGCCCUUCGAGUUGAAACCGUUCAAAGACUAUCUGGUACCAAAGGAAGUUUUCGCUAUAUGGACGCGUCCUUUCCAGAUGCUCUACAAGGAGAAAAUCGUCUUGGUGCUAUCUUUGCUGUCCGGGUUUAGCGAUGCCCUAAUAUUCAUGCAAAUUCAGUCCCUGCGUCGCGUAUUCGAGCGGUGGAAUUUUACCAACAUACAGAUAGGGCUUUCUUUUAUCCCGUUUGGAAUUGCUUAUAUCCUGGGGUAUCUACUAUUCAUUCCAUCUAUAUACCGUAACCGGGCACUACGGGCGAAGAAUCCUCUUAGUGAGCACGCUCAAUUCGAAUCACGAUUAUGGUGGCUUCUCUUUACCGCACCACUUCUCCCCAUCGGAUUAAUGAUAUUUGCAUGGACAAGCACGCCUGAGGUACAUUGGAUUGCCCCGAUGAUCGGGUGCCUCUUCAUCGGCAUCGCUAACUAUACCAUCUACAUGACUACUAUCGACUAUAUGGUGAAAGCGUACGGUCCUUACUCGGCCUCUGCAACGGGAGGCAACGGUUUUGCUCGUGACUUCUUGGCUGGAGUAUUGACAUGGGUUGCAGCACCAUAUUACGACGCGUUUGAUUUUGAUUACGGUCUUCAGGUAGCGAAUACCGUGCUUGCAGGUAUCGGAUUGAUUCUUGUAGUCGCUACAUUCGUCAUCUACUACAAGGGGCCGUCGAUGCGGAAACGUUCACCCUUCGCCGAGUCCAUAAGCCAUAGUAAAAAUGAUGCUUCUGUGGAAGUUCCGCCCUCUACGAUCGUUUGA